AUGGCCGCGGGCGCUCUCCUGCCGAGCCCAAUGGCCCGGCUAGACUUCCUUAAGGCCUCGCACUUCAAACUGGGGUCCGACUCGCGGCUGCACGUAGACGCCAUGCACUCCACGAUGCAACGACACUUCCCGGGCUACACGGGUGUCGCCCGCGUGCCGCCGUGCCAGCCGCCGCCCCGCGGGUCCUUCUUCCAGCAGGACGCGCGCUGGGCGGUGGAGGACCACGAGUCGGAGAUGCACUGGGCGUUCGCGCCGCUCCCCACGCCGUCUAGGGAGCAGGAGCGGUCGCCGGAGCGUACGCCCGCCAUGCAGAGAAGCAACCUGCACAUGCACGCGGACGCGCGCUCCCGCGCCCUCUUCUCCACCACGCGUGCUCACUUUGGUUGGCCAGCGUCGCCGGCGCGCGCCAGCGAGCAGAUCCGCGGCGCGCGCCUCGUCUUCGACCGCGACUCGGUACCUCCAGGCGACCCAGCCAAGCUGCGCAUCCCGCCCACCACGCACCAGGCACUCUUCAAGCCCCACGAUGCGUGCCCGCAGCCCCGCGCGUCCUCUCGCCACCUCGGGGGCCCUAACCCCCUCAGGUGGGACCACAGGACACACAAUGCCGGGACCUCCUACCAGAGACAGUUCCAAGCCCUGGUGGGCCCACCUGCCUUGAUGUAUAAGAGGGACUUCUCCAGCGUGGCACUAGGAGACUUCAAGACUGGCUAUGGACCAAUGUACUCGGAGCAGAAACAAGCCUACAGGCCCCCGGGUCUGCCCCCAGACAGGUAUGACAAGGCUCAGGCCUCAGCCGACAUCCACUGUGUGAAUAUUUGUCCUGGAGAUGGCCUCUUCCAUGACAAGACCACCAAGGCUGAGCACUUCUAUGCCCGGGAACCAGAGCCUUUUGCUCUUCACCACGACCAGACUCCGGAGUCGCACAUCCUGGAAGGAAAUUGGUGCCCGGGCCCAGGCAGCCUCACCACCUCCAUGCACUUCUUCUAUGGCCAGCCGCCACCCCCGGCCAAGCCAUCCAGCCGCCACCAGCCUCCUGAGAAACUGCGGAGUCAUGUGACCUUAGGGGAGUCAAAGCUGCUCGGACAGUACUUCCAGACUUCCAUGGGCACCGACUAUUACCCCUUUGGCAUGCAGCAGCCGCAGAAAGUGCUCAACCUCUACUGGCAGCGUAGCAAUCUGCCGAAGGGCCCAGGCGGGCUAGAUCUCAAUCCCAUGGAUCAAGAUCCUAAUUCUGCCCCUAAACCCUUCCCCCUCGUGGUCAUGACCCCCACUCUGUUCCUCGUACCUCCACGGUGGCACCAAAUCCCUGAACCACCAUAG